AUGGCGUCUGCUGCUGAGGGGGACGUGGGGGCCGCGGCCGGGCUGACGAGGGUGCUGCAGUGGGCUUUCCAGGAGCUGAGCCUGAACUACUUGGCGACGUCCCUGGGCGCGUCAGAGCAGGCGCUGCGGCUCAUCAUCUCCAUCUUCCUGGGUUACCCCUUGGCUUUGUUUUAUCGGCAUUACCUUUUCUACAAGGACAGCUACCUCAUCCAUCUCUUCCACACCUUUACAGGCCUCUCCAUUGCUUAUUUUAACUUUGGAAACCAGAUGUACCACUCCCUGCUAUGUGUCAUCCUUCAGUUCCUCAUUCUGCGACUAAUGGGCCGCACUGUAACUGCUGUUCUCACUACCUUUUGUUUCCAGAUGGCCUACCUUCUUGCCGGAUAUUAUUGGACAGCCACUGGCAACUAUGAUAUCAAGUGGACAAUGCCUCAUUGUGUUCUGACCUUGAAACUGAUUGGUUUGGCUGUUGACUACUUUGAUGGAGGGAAAGAUAAGAAUUCCUUGUCCCCUGAGCAACAGAAAUAUGCCAUACGAGGUAUCCCUUCCCUGCUGGAAGUUGCUGGUUUCUCCUACUUCUAUGGAGCCUUCUUGGUAGGCCCCCAAUUCUCAAUGAACCACUACAUGAAGCUGGUGCACAGAAAGCUGACUGACAAGCCAGGGGAGAUACCAAGCAGCACCAUACCUGCUCUCAAGCGCCUGAGCCUGGGCCUCGUCUACCUGGUGGGCUACGUUUUCCUCAGUCCCCACAUCACAGAAACCUAUCUCCUCACCGAGGACUAUGAAAACCGCGUUUUCUGGUUCCGCUGCAUGUACAUGCUGGUCUGGGGCAAGUUUGUGCUGUACAAAUACGUCACCUGUUGGCUGGUCACAGAAGGAGUAUGCAUUUUGACGGGGCUGGGCUUCAAUGACUUUGAUGAAAAUGGAAAGGCAAAGUGGGAUGCCUGCGCUAACAUGAAGGUGUGGCUCUUUGAAACAACCCCCCGUUUCACCGGCACCAUCGCCUCUUUCAACAUCAACACCAAUGCCUGGGUGGCCCGUUAUUUCUUCAAACGACUCAAGUUCCUUGGAAAUAAAGAACUCUCCCAGGGUCUCUCAUUGCUAUUCUUGGCCCUCUGGCAUGGCCUGCACUCAGGAUACCUGAUCUGCUUCCAGAUGGAGUUCCUCAUUGUUAUCGUGGAAAGGCAGGCUGCCAGCCUAAUACGAGACAGCCCAACCCUGAGCAAACUGGCUUCCAUUACUGUCCUACAACCCAUCUUCUAUUUGGUGCAGCAGACCAUCCACUGGCUCUUCAUGGGUUACUCAAUGACUGCCUUCUGCCUCUUCACGUGGGACAAAUGGUUUAAGGUGUAUAAAUCUGUCUAUUUCCUUGGCCACGUCUUCUUCCUGAGCCUAUUAUUCAUACUGCCUUAUCUUCACAAAGCAAUAGUGCCAAGGAAAGAAAAGUUAAAGAGAAUGGAAUAA